UUAUGCAUUACAGUUCAUUUUUCUCCCUCUUUUUUUUCUUCAAAUUAAAUAGGGACAAGUGUAUUUCAGUGCGUUUUUGGUGCGUUUUGGUGCGCUCCUGUUGCGUUCCACUACAGUUCUGUGCAGAAAAAAUGCAGCCUGUUCUACUUUGUUUUUCUGCAUCCGGAACGCACUGGAACUGCAAGCACUGAUGUCAACUAUGACAUUGAAAACCGUAUCACCUACUUCCUGUGCAUUUUGAAUGUAGAAAAAAAAAACUGAAACGCAUGGAGUGUGAAGUGGCCCUUGAGAGGUUAUUU